UUGGCCUUGUACUGUAGGAGGUUAACUCCCAAAUGUCUGGAUCCCAGACUCCAAGUCCAAGACUUUUCAAAGUCUAUCUCCAUUCCUUUUUCCCUCCUCAAAUUUUGGGGAAAUUGAUGAGGGAUCCAUGGUCUCAGUGGGAGAAAAUGAGGGAAACCUCUUAAAGUGGGGGUCUUAGAAUCUUUGAAUCUGCCUCUUGGCUUUGCUAUUAACUCACCAGGUGAGCACAUCUCAUUGGUCUGUUUCCUCUCUAUAAAAAUGUGACUGCUUCAAAUAAGGUGCAUCUUGCCUUCCCUAACUUCCCUUCAUGCUAUGGAUAACCUAUGGAAGCUACUCUGAGACUAAAAAAGCCAAGCACAAACUCUGGUGAGUCAUUUCAAGAAGGAAAGGUAAUGAUGGAUCACACUUGACCAUCUUGGCUACAUUCGGAGAGAGCCAGCACGAUGGCUUCAGAAGGAUGAAAUGUGUCAGCUUAGCAAGUUUUGAAGACCAUUAUCUGCUGUGAUCUGAGUUGGGUUCUUGGAGUCCCGAGGUACAGGAACAUUUGGCUUUGAUCUUAUAGAAGGGAUUCCCAGCCUCGUACUAAUUAGACUAAUUCAAGCCCCUUCCAACUUUGAGAUACUGUGAUUCUGAUAUGCUCCCUAAUGAUUUUCCAUCCAUUAGUCCCUCAGGGAGGGUCUGGAGGUCCAGCAAAGGAAGCUAGCCCCUUUUGUCUAGUCUCCCACCUGUCUUACCACUCUGUAAGCUGCCUAUCUACCAGGACUUUGACAUUGUCCAUUCUACCCUGUUAACCACUCCCCUCACCCCCUACCACCUCUUAGAUCCAGGAGACAUCAAGCCUGUCUGUCAUCCUUAAAGGGGAAGUCCUCCCAAUUAAUCGCUGGCUCUAAUCUCUCUUCCAACUCUCCUCCCAUUGCUUUCUAGUCUGUAAGGGCUUAUGACAGGGGUCUGUAAAGAUCUGCAGAGGCAGGUGGGUGUCCCAGGGAGGAAGACUUGACCGGAGAAGCCCCCUGUUGCUGGUGGGGCAAUGUUUCUGAGCAAGUGUGAGGGUGAGCCAGCUGAGGGAAGGGCCCCGGGGUCCGGGGAAGCAGAAGAUGCCCCCAAGAAGAAGCACAGGCGGAACCGAACAACCUUUACAACCUUCCAGCUGCAUCAGCUGGAGAGGGCCUUUGAGCGCUCCCACUAUCCUGAUGUCUACAGCCGAGAGGAGCUGGCCACACAGGUCAACCUUCCUGAAGUUCGGGUGCAGGUCUGGUUCCAGAAUCGUCGGGCCAAAUGGCGACGUCAGGAGAAGCUGGAGGCCAGCUCCGCGGCAGCAGUAGCAGCAGCAACCACCAAGCUUCCAGAGGCCCCCAUGCUGGCCUUUGCUCGGCCUCCUCCAACUGCCUCACUCCCCCUGGACCCUUGGCUGACCUCAGGCCCUCCAGCCAUGCAUGCCCUCCCAGGUUUCCUGGGGCCAAGGCCUGGUCUACAGCCCCCCUAUGCGGCUCAUGCCUUCCUCCAUGCAUCCUCGGGACCCCCUCCUUUUGGGGAGGCCUUUGGCCCUCUGGCAGAAGCUGGGGAUGCCCACGCUCGAAGCUCCAGCAUUGUGUCUCUUUGUUUUCGGGCCAAGGAGCAUGUCCAGACCCUUGAUAGGACCUGGCAGCCUCUCUAAGGACAGUCCCUGCUGUCCUUCCUUGCCUUAUAUUUCACCAAGGACAGAUGGGCUCUUGCAAGAUCCUUCUGCUGUGCUCUCCCCUCCUGCCCCAACCUACUUUGGAGACCAUCAGGGAUGUCCAACAGGGGCCAGGCCCUGCGUACAACUGUUGAGAAGAGCUUUGGUCAUGUCAAAGAUGAAUCAACUGAAAACCAAAAAACUCAUGCAAAUUGGUAAAAGUGACACAGCUAAAAAGUAGUAAGGCCAGAAUCUAAGAAGAAGGAUUUAUCCCAUGGGCUGUGCUGAUAAAUGUUUAAUAACCAAGCUCUCUAAAGAAAAAAGAAAAAAAUAUGCAUUGAAUCCUUUUAAAUUUGACCUUAAUCAUUUACAUUUUCUCCAUUAUUUUCCUAUGGCUAGAUAGUCAACAAAAUAAUAAAUCAAGCCCUUAUUUUUAGGGUUUGUCCAUUAACGAAGUACAUAUAUACACACUGAAAAUCUAGCAAUUGGCCAGAGAUGAUUGAGAGUCACCUUCAGCAGAUUCUCCCUGGUUCAUGGGGGAUGCAUUAGAGGGAGUGCUGGAAAUAACCAUUCGUUGGUUCCUCUCCAUCUCUUCUAUCUGAAUGUGUAGAGAAUGGGGGCGCUCUGUGUUCAUGCUGCCUUCCCAAUUAAGUCGGGUAUGUAUGUCAGAGUAACACCAUGGCUCUCUGUAGGGGACUGAUUCUGGGGCAACCUUGGGGAAAAGGCCUAGAAUGCAAGAACUGGUCAGAUCUUCAACUAGCAGAGAACUGGGGGGUGGGGUAGGGUCCUUAUUCAAACUCUAGUACUGUUCCCAUUACAUCACACAACUUUGCAACACAGUCAAAGCUAGAAGGAUUUCAAAGUCCAAUCCCCCGACUGUCUUCAUUGAUUUACAGUUGGGAAAACAGAAUCAAGUAGGGAACAGACACAUUAAAUUAGGGACAGCGCCAAGGCUCAGGUCUUCUGACUCUUGGCUAGGUACUGUUUCACUUCUGGGAACAUGUUCAGGUAUUAAAGGAGGAGGAGGCAGAUUUAUUCCCUCCCCAUCACCCCCCCCCCCAAAUAGACCCCUUCCAUUUUGAACUUCCCAUUUCAAAAGUCUUAAAGGUGCAUGGGAGGAUCAGGCUUCCUAGACUGGUGACAAAAAGAAGAAAUGGAGAAGUUGGGUAACUGGCAAAAUGUUGGGGCAGCAUAAAGUACUUGGUGCCACAUAGCCACCACUUGGAGAAUGGGAGCUGAAAGGGAAUUGGUGAUUUGCCUAAAUGUGUAUCAAUUAGGAACAAAAGUCAAGAGAGAGCAUGGUACAAAGGAAUGUGUGCUGGAUUUGGUCAGCAGAGAUUGGAAUUGGAAUCCCACUUCCUAUUCUAACCAUGGGAUUAUGGGCGAUACAUUUAAUCUGAUUAUUACUCCUCCGCUAGAAAAUGGGCAAGAUAGUAACACUUGUAGGAUCCACCAAAAAGUGAUGCUGUUAGGUUCAAACAAAGUAACCCAAACUUUAGCAUGCUACAUUAUUAAUAUAAAUAGAAUCUAGGUCUCCUGGCUUCCAGUCCAGACCUCAUCACUCCUGCUGCCAUACCAGCUGUCCAAGCUGAAGGAUCUGAGGUGGCCCCAAUUACAUACUUAGUGACUAAUUAGGAGAAAAGCUUUUGCCAUCCUCUUCUGGGAUGAUGCUGGGGACAAUGAAGUCAAUGAGGUGGAAAGAAAUUGGCUUGCUUUAUGUUACCACAUUGCUUGUCAUCAGGACACUACCCUUGGCUGUUGCGGAUCCUAGAUUCUUUCCUGAGAAGUGAGUGUGUCCUCCAGUCUUUGUAUUCAUCCACUGUUGGAAACAGCAGGGAUCCUACCCUUCCCUCUCUGGACAGAGUUGGAGUUCAAGGAAGAGGUUAACAGUGAUGAAAACCUUUUAUAUUUUGAUCCUCAACCACUCAAUUUACAGUCAUGCUUGGUGCAACAGUUCAGAAAGGAGCCUUUCCUGAAGUAAAUAGGGCAGUGACAAGACAAGGGAAAAGAGCUUUCUUGACUGAUACAAUUAAGAACCAUAAAUUCCACGAGAGUAGUAAUUGCCUUUUAGCUUUCUUACUAUUCCCAGCUAUCAGCACAGUGCCUGGCACACAAAAAGUGCUUAAGAAAUGCUUGCUAAUCGACUGGCUAAAGAAGUCUAAUAGUAUUAUCAAAAGCAAACAAUUACAUAAAUUUUGUAACCUUGCUCAAUUAUGACUGAUACACUUUAAAUCCAUACAUUUACUAAUUAAAGGAAUAUACAUUAAGGCAA